CCCCGCAGGAGCAGGGCUCCGCCGUGCCCCCCGGAGCUUGGCGAACCCCCAGCCCCGUGGGCGCGUUGCUGGGGUCGUAGGAACCUCCUCGCCGGGCGCCGAUCGGGGGGCCGGAGGCAGAGCACGUGCCCCAGGGCGGGCGAGGCGGUGGCGGGGCCGAGGGGGCUGCAGGCCGGGCCGGGGAACACACGCUGGGCCUCAGCGGGCCGGUGGUGGCCACGGGCCGGGCUGGCCGCCUGCAGCCUCGCCACACGCCCCCCGAGGAGCCCGGGCCUGCGGGGAAGGGGUCGUCCCUGUGCACGGAGACCUCUGUGCCGAGGCCGGGGGUGUUCGCUCAUUGCUUAGCGGGCAUACGGGGCUGCGCACCGCCGCUCCUGCACCGCUUGCUGUGUCCUGCGCUGCUGUCUGCUUAACCCCCAGCUCUUUUUCAUAGCCUGAGACACACAGGGAGUGUAUGCCAUGGGGAAACCAUGUAUUUCUCAUUCCUCUCAUGUCCCAUCUCCUGGGUCUGGCGACGCAGGGACCGCCUCGCGGAGCAGCUGCCGUGCAGCCUCCAGGGCCCAGAGAAAGAGCUUUCAGAAUGCCGGAGCCAGCGAAGUCCACCUCUGCCCCCAAAAAGGGCUCCAAGAAAGCUGUGACCAAGACCCAGAAGAAGGGUGACAAGAAGCGACACAAGAGCCGGAAAGAGAGCUAUUCCAUCUACGUCUACAAGGUGCUGAAGCAGGUCCACCCCGACACCGGCAUCUCCUCCAAGGCCAUGGGCAUCAUGAACUCCUUCGUCAACGACAUCUUUGAGCGCAUCGCUGGAGAAGCCUCCCGCCUGGCCCACUACAACAAGCGCUCCACCAUCACCUCCCGGGAGAUUCAGACGGCCGUGCGCCUGCUGCUCCCGGGAGAGCUGGCCAAGCACGCCGUCUCCGAGGGCACCAAGGCCGUCACCAAGUACACCAGCUCCAAGUAGCCGGGCCACCACCUCUCCGAUGGGACCUUGGAGCACCGGUCCCUCUGUGCAAGCACAGGUAGGCAGCCGCCGUGCGGAUAAACGUCACAGCUAUUAUCCACAGCAAAUUCACAGCCUCGGGAUGGGCAUGAGAAGCUGCCUGGUGGAGGAGGAGACAGUGAUCUGGGUGUCGGCUGGUUUCCAUAGUCUGUCUGGGACGUGUGACGGGUUCUGCGGGACUGGUGGAGGAGGCCUCUGCUUUCACAUCUCAUCCGAAGGACUGACCGGCUGCGGUGUAUCCAAACUCUCCCCUGUGCUUGGCAAACAUGCAUGUUGGGUGCUGGCGGGGGAGAUUGGCAUCCGCAACACGGAGAGCCUGCCUCUGAAGUCUUCCUGUUUGGCUGCUUUCUCACAGUCACUUGAGACAGGCAGCGAGGGGUCAGGGCUGGUGUCCUCUCCCUCGUAGCCCAGAUCCAUCCUGGCACACAGCAGCACAGCCCACCCCGUGCUGGCAGAAACGGCAUCGACAGCUCCCGGGCACCGGCUGUAGGAUAAAAUCCAUACUGAUUCAACAGCUAUCUGUGCUUGAACGCCCGUCUCAAAGAGCAAGCCCGGCAGAGACAGAUGCCCAGGCUGGUACCAAGCGCUGUUCCUCCUCGUUUCUCCUGAUGGAUGAGCCAUCGAGCAGGCCGAGGGUGCCGGUGCUGGAGCUGCUUGCUGCCUCCCUCCUUGCUCCAAGGCAGACGGACGGACAGGGAGGGGUGUUGGGACUGGGUGGCUUCCUUCCCCGGCUGCUGCUUUGCCCGCUGUAGGACUUGCUUUGACGUGCAAGACGUUGCUGAUUCUGCUGCUUUUCAGAGACUUUUCCUGCCUCAAAGCCGCCCGGGUGCUCCCUUCCCCCAUAAGCGCGGGCGAGACGGGGUGGUGCCCAAGGGGGUCCCUUCUCCUGCGAGCGCUGGGGUGGUGCAGGACAAACAGCACAGACGUGUCAGGAGGGGACUAAGGGUUUGGGAAGGCAUCUGGAGGGGGAGCAGGGGUGGUUAAUGGAGUUUGGGGAGAGGGAGGCUCCCGGCAGAGAUCCCUGCGGGCGGCUCACCUGGCCCUGCCUCCUUGCUUUAUUCAUCCAUUAGAAAGCAAAAGCAAAAGCCAGGGCUGGGUGGAUAUAUAGGGACACUUGCCUGCAUCCCGUGAUAUUUUAAAGAUUAAAUACUUUCAAACUACUUCAAAUACUCCCCACGUCUUCUCCAAGUCCACAGUAAGGUGAGCAAUAAUAAAUUCCAGACAAAAGCCAUAGAGAUUAGUGGAGGGAUGUCUCGGUUGCAGGUUUAUCUUGCCCAAACUGCAAGUGUAGAACUGGUGUGAAGUUGCAGCUUCCUACUCAAAACACAAAAUUAGCCAACAUUUUUUAAAAAAUACCAAAAUCUCUGGUAGGCAGUAGCACUCAGAUAAAAAAUAUUCACGUCUAAAAUAACAACUGCUUUCUACAGCUUUUUCUGUAAAUAUAAAAAGGCAGCAAAGACACAGGAUCCAAAACUAAGUGCAUGUUCUCCCCAAACUCCAAGACCUUGCUUUUGAUUGAAAGGUAGAUUCAUAUCCCGAAAUAGCAACCUUGCAGUACAUCUCUCACUUUCCCCUACAUUUAUCUUUGUCCUGUUUCUUUAUGCUUUGAGAGUGAUGGGGACCGUUACCAAAUUUAUGUUGCUUUUGGAGCUGAAGGACUCUGCAACUCCAGAAGAUUCGGUUAUUUCUUGUUUUUAUAACAGUGCUGCAGUCCUUUUCCAGUUGGUCUGAGGAAAGGAGCGCAUAGAGCUGCUCAACCAAGAGCACCUCAGAAACCUGUGAGCAGUGUGGGGUCUCCUGUGGUCUCUGUGCAAGAGCGAAGGUCAAGUCGCUUAUGGGCUGCUCCCAUCCCCCUGCUUUGCAUUUAACACCCCACACCCAAAAAUGAGCUUUCCUCCCAUAGUUUGCUGGGUGCUAGCACACAGCCGUGUUCCAUACCCUCAUGCCAGCAGGAAUCCCCAGCGAUAGCUUUCAGGAAGAGCCAAAGCUGUCUCCCCAGGUGUCAGCACCCACAACGAGCGGGUCCCAGCAGCAGUACCUGUGCUCAGAAGCGUUGCUAACCUGGACCACAUAGCCAAGACAACUUGGGAGGUGACAGCUUAGCACUUCCUUUUGUUUUUUUAAUCAAAUAGUCAAAAUCAGAUACCAAAGAUGAAAAUGCACCUGCAAUGGGUGCAAUGGGCUAGAGUCACCAUCCUCGGCCCCUCUCCCACCAGAAAUCAGACAGGAGAUGAUGCAGAAGGGGAAUAUAGGAGUGAAGGGCUGGCUGGCGGUGCUGGAGCUUUCUCUUCCAGUCCUUAUGAGCUGCAGGUCAGAAUUCAUCCCCUUAAAGAGUCCUCCUGAAAGCAGGAAUUCAGAGUGCAAUAAAUUCGCUUCAGUCCAAGCGGUAUGUACGAGCCAGGACACACAUCUCCUAGGAUUACCAAUACAGCCUCUAAAUCCUCGCUCUUCUGAGCAGAGCAGAGUCCUGCUCCAGUUUCAGCAGGCUGCAAGAAGUCAGGAAAAUAAAAUGAGACGUUGUCCCUCCAGGGUCUCCUGGGCAGCUCGGGGAGCCAGGGACAAGGCUGGGUGCUCAGACGCGAGCCGCUGGCCCCAUACACAAGCUCACAGAACUGGUCUCAUUUUCUUCUGCCACAGUUGCCACUCUCCAUUUUUGGAGAUUGUGUCAGAGAGAGGAGAAAUGGCAAUUUAAGGCUAUAAAAAUACUUGAAGGCUUAAAGAGGAUUUUUAUAUUGUCUAAAGCCGAGUGACUGAGACUGUCAUGUCCACCCAUUUAUAGUUUAGGCUGUCAUUUCACACAUCAUUUGCUCUUCACUCUCCCUUUGCAUCAUUUCUGUACUUGCCCCUGACAGUGGAUUAGGAACUGAUCCAGGUUAAAAUGAACCUUUUUUUUUUUUCCUUUCUUGCAAGGUUUGUUUUAACCUAGUUCUGGUGGCUGCUCUGAUCUGUCACUGUCAGACAGAGACUUGUGCCAGCCAAAAGAAGGGCUGAUCCAGGAAAAGCAAGGCUGGCAUAAGCUAGGACUGCUGCAGAAAGCUGUUGGGAAAUUAAUGGCCCUAGUGUCAAAGAAAAAUGAAGAAAGGAAAUCUGUGUCUGCUGCAGUGGUCCCGUUAGCAGCAAAGAUGUGGCUUUUAAAUACACCGCUAUGGGUGUUACCCCUGCAGUGUCCCACAAGCAGUUCCUCUGACGCUGGAAAUCAGACACGUCCCAUUUCUGCAGAUCUCAGGUGUUGCAGAGAGGCAAGGGAGCAGGUUGGGAAGGGCACUCUGUGCCCACGCAGCCACCCAGCUGCAGUGGUCGGAGGCUCCUUGUUCAGCAGGCAAACGGAAUGUGAGGCAGCCUUCCCUUUCCUUCCCUUCCCCUUCCCCUUCCCCUUCCCCUUCCCCUUCCCCUUCUCUCAGUGCCUGCUGCUCUGCAGGAGCACAAUCACAGCACGGCACUGGGAAUUGUUUUGACUGUGAUGAGCUUGGGCUGAGCCUUAAUAGUAGAGGCAAUAGUCAGUGGUCUGAAAGUUCAAGCAUCGAUUGUCCACUCAGUAAUCUGAGGUGGGACAUAUUCCACAGUCCCCUGUCAAGGGGAUUCGCUGCAGAAGAGGAGUUCUGCACUUCAGGAUGUGUGCUUUUAAAAAAAUACGUAUUUCCAGCUCUGGAAUUGAUAAAACACUUUAAAAGUGAAGAUAAUAUACUGAGUCCCACUGUCCCUACCUGAUUCCUAUUGCAAUCCCAGAGGCAUCUUGGGGCCAUUCCUGUGUUUCACCAAUUUUAAAAAAAAAAAAACAAAAACAAAAACAAAAACAAAAACAAAAACAAAAAAACAAACUAAAACCAAACUGCAGAUUGAAAGUUGGAAAAGGAAGCUGAAAAAGAAUAAUACAGCCUUGAUACUAGUUUCAUAUUAACCCCAUGGACAUAACUGCACUGUCUUACUUGUUGUAAUGCACAAUUUAAGAGAGAAAAUAAGCUACUAUAGAUCUACUCCUGAUACUCCAUCCUGCUUCCCUAGAAUGGCUUAAAGUCCGUCUGCCCUUCACAGCAGAGCCCAACCUGCAGAAGAACCAAGGUCCACACACAUGGAGGUUUGCUCCUGCUCGGGACAGACAGGUCUUUAGUCAAGCACCGGGGAAAACGAGUAAAAACAAGUGUGGAGGACGAGGUGCCUGCUGCAUGUCCAGGGAAGGGACACCUGAGCAGAGACCACUGAAGAGCCCUGCCCAGAGGAGCUGUGUGGCUGUGUGCCCGGGUGGCAGGCAGCCAUGUGGAGGUAUCCCCAAGUCCUGGCCACCCCUGGAGUCAAGCUUGCCAUGGCCUCUGCACCCACCUGAGCAGUUGUCCCAUUGUAGCAUUUCCUGACAGUUUACAUCCAGACCAAAUUGUUUACAGGGAAAAGGAAGAAUGUGAACUAAAUCAUAAAAAAUCACUUGCUGCCAGAAUUUCGAGAGUUCCCUGGGACCAGCACCUGGGGAGCAAUCUCUCGUGCUUAUUCUCCAUGCAUGGUAUCUUGUGGGCUUACGCACACAGAGUUCUUCUGACAGUGUUACAUCAAGUAUGAUCUAUGUUACAUUACUGCUGCUGUUUUAUGACCAAUCUUGCUGCUAGUUACCUGUUUUCUGUUAAAGGUAUAAAUAAAAUGAAAAUGCCAACCUGUUGAAAGUCAGGUGAGACCCAGC